AUGCUAUCGACCGUCGUCACCGUCGUCGGGACCGCCUUGGCUGCCGCCCAUGGCGCCUUCGCCCAUUUUGCCCUCACAUACCCCGAGUGGCGGGCCGACACGCUCGCAGAGGACGCCGACUCCGAGUAUAGCCAAUGGACCUAUCCGUGCGCCGGCGUCGACUACGGAGCCGGCAACGUCACCGACUGGCCCCUCGACGGCGGCUCACUCAAGCUCGAGCUGCACCACCCGUGGACCUACGUCUUCGUCAACCUCGGCGUUGGCCAAAACACGACCAACUUCAACGUCUCCCUGACGCCCGAGUUCUGGAACACGACGGGCAAGGGCACGCUGUGCAUCGAAAAGGUCCCCGUCCCCAUCGACGUCGAGAACGGCACCUUGGCCACUCUGCAGGUCGUCACCACGUCUGCGAGUGGCUCGGCGCUCUACAACUGCGCCGAUAUCCGCUUCAACAGGAAUGCAAAAUCGCUGAGCAACUGCUCGAGCAGCGGUGUCGAAUACGCUCCCGUUCGGGACCAAAAAAAGAGUAACGGAACCAAUAGCUCCGGGGGCAACUCGACCGGUGGCGGCAAUGGACAGGGGGGUGACAGAAACGGUGCCGGGCCUGCCAUGGCCGUCACCAGCACCAUUGGUCUUGUAGCUGUUGCUGCUAUUGCUUCUCUCUUUGCCAUCGACGCCGCGUUCUAG